UUUAUAACUAAUGCUUCGUCAUAUUUCAUAUUGUUAACAUAACUCAAGUCAUGUCUGCUCUUCCUUUCAUUCCCCUCCUUCCGGGUAGCAUGAGAUCAAUGUCUGUAACAUGCUCUGUUCCUUUUCAUGUUCCAGUUAGAACAUCAAAUCCAGUUAUCAAACAUGCCAACAACAUCUUUAUGCUUAAACACAAUCAUGUUCCUGGAAAGAAAUCUUCCACAUUUCAGAUGAGAUCACUCUCCAACAACACGGUUUUCGAGGAUCAAUCCCAGGCUGUAAUCUGCUAUAGAGAUGAAAAUGGAGAAAUAGUUUGUGAAGGGUACGACGAAGGCCCUCGUUUUCCUCGACAGAUUCCGGGUAAGUCCUAUCAUCUGAGAGAUGCUGAGAUCCUUGAUCUUCUAAGACAUAGAUGGCUCCAAAUUGUUAAUGGUGACGGGUUCGGCAAUGCUAUUAAAGGUGUUAUCAUCGUGAAAAAUGACUCCUAGUGGAACGAAUUUAAUAGGUUCACUAGUAGAAAGCUUUGGCUCUUACUAGAUUCCACAGAUUUCAUUAAAUAAUUGUUUCUACAAGAAAGACACUUCCAAGUAUUAGAGAUUGUAUAUAGAUAGCUACAAGAUCUCUCUCUUGUAAUCACUUUGUUUUUGCAUAUUGAUGAUCAAAGCUAAUAACCCCUUUA